ACGACCGACGCCGUGAAGUCCGAGUGCGACAAAGCCCUAACUGCCCUCCGCCGCGGCAAUCACACCAAAGCCCUUAGAUUGAUGAAGGAGGCCUGCGCUCGGCAUCAGGAUUCGUCGCCGCUACUUCAUCGGGUUCACGGCACGAUUUCGGUGAAGAUCGCGUCGUUGCUUGAUGACCCUAAUGCUAAGCUUCGGCACUUGCGGUCUGCUAUUGAGUCUGCGAGGCGAGCAGUGUCGCUCUCCCCUAAUUCGGUCGAGUUUGCGCAUUUUUAUGCUAAUUUAAUGUAUGAGGCUGCGGCUGCUGACCCUAAUGGCCGAGGGUACGAGGAGGUGGUACAGGAGUGUGAGCGAGCUCUGUCGAUUCCGGACCCGAUUGAUCCCGGGAAAGAGAGUUUGCAGGAUGAUGCCCAGCAGAAGAGUUCAACUCCCGAGGCAAGGAUUGCUCAUGUUCAUCAGGAGCUUAGAGCGCUUAUCCAGAAGUCAAACAUCGCUUCGAUUUCGAAUUGGAUGAAGAAUCUUGGAAAUGGAGGCAAUAGUGGUGGAGAGGAGAAGUUCAGGUUGAUUCCAAUGAGGAGAUUGUCGUCAUCAAAUGAGGAUCCGAUGGAGGUGAGGCUGGUGCAGGCUCCUCGGCGCCCAAAUGAGAUCAAGAAAGCUACGAAGACAGAGGAGGAUCGAAGGAAGGAGAUUGAGGUCCGUGUCGCUGCUGCAAGAAUAUUGCAGCAGCGCAAAUCGGAAUCGCCGAAUGAGGAUUCACUGUCGACUACUUCGCAGGGUGCGCAACAGCAGAGGAGUGCAGAGAGGCGAAAGCUGAUGAACUCCAAGAAGCUGAGUGAGAGGAUGGAGCAGGUUAAGGCUUAUUGGAACUCAUUGAGUGUUGAGAAGAGGUUAGGGUUUAUGGCGGUGAAUGUGGUAGAUGUUAGGGCUCACUAUAGUUGUUCAAAGGAUGGUAUGGCUGCUUAUGAUGUGUUGUCAGAGGCUUUUGGGUUCGUUGAAGGCAAUGAGGGUUCUUGGGAGUUUUGGGUUUGUUGCCGUUGCAAUGAGAAGUUUAGGGAUAGUGAUUCGCAUAUGCAGCACAUGGUGCAGGAGCAUAUGGGUAGUCUUCAAGCCAAACUCCAGACUGUUUUGCCUCAACAGGUUGAAGGAGAGUGGGUUGAGUUACUCCUUAAUGACACUAUUUGGAAACCUAUUGAUGUUUUUUCUGCUGCGAAAAUGCUUGGACAUGAUGAAGAGACUCAUGAACAAUGCCAGUUGGUGGAGGGGGCUAUUAUUGAUAAGGAUUCGGAAGGUAAGGAUUGUGUAUCAGAGUAUUGGAGUUCUAAAGAUAAUUCAGAUUCCUCGUCAUCUCUUUCGACACAAUUGGGAGAGUCCAAUGGCAGUAUCAGCAAUAGCAAUGGCAAUGGGUGCAAUGGUUUUGCAACGGAAUGCAAGGGCGCUGACUUGCCAGACUCUUGCAUCUCCUUCUUAGAUGUUGACGAUAACCCUCGAAGAUGGCCUGUAGCUGAUGAUCCAGAAAGAAGCAAGCUCUUGGAGAGGAUCCAGGGCAUGUUCCAGUUGCUUGUGAAACACAAGAGUCUCUCAGUUGGCCAUCUUAACAAGGUGAUACAAUUUGCCAUGGAUGAAAUCCAGUCACCUGCUUGCAUCUGCUUCUUGGGCGCUUCUCAGCUACGGAAAGUCCUCAAGUUCUUGCAGGAGUUGUCACAAUCUUGUGGGUUAAAUCGAUAUUCCUCUGGUGAUAAGGAUUCUGCUGCUAGCACUGUUGUAUGUGAUGCAAAUGGGGCUGAUUCAGGUAGCCAUCGGUGUGACUUCUUGUUGAAUGGGGUUGGGCUUUCUUAUGAUCCACCUUCAAGUCUCCUUAUAGAUGGCCCUGUGUUCCAUGGAAAGAAGAAUGAUAUUGACGAGGGAGUGCCUGAUACAGAUGCUGUCAUCUCCUGGUUAUUUGCUGGCCCAUCAAGUGGGGAUGAGCUGAUAUCUUGGACCCGCAUGAGAGAGGAAAAAUCCCAUCAGGGAUUGGAAAUCCUACGGAUGCUUGACAAGGAGUUUGGGGCUGUGCAGUCAAUGUGUGAAAAGAAAUGCGAGCACCUAAGCUAUGAAGAGGCUCUACAAACUGUUGAAAACCUAUGUGUUGAGGAAUUUAAGAAAAGGGAAAAGCAGGAUGAGAAGCCCGCUGUGCACCAGAGCUAUGAAGCUCUUCUGAGGAAGCGACAAGAAGAGCUUCUUGAGAGGGAUAAUGAGGUAAUGAUGUUUGACAGCACUAGGUUUGAGCUGGAAGCCCUCUCCAACCUUCUUAAGGAAGCACAAACUCUGAAUGUUUCUCAGUUUGGAUAUGAUGAGGCAGUAUCUGGCGUGACUUCACGUUUAUGUGAGUUGGAAUGUGGUGAUGAAGAUGUUUGGAGGGUGCAUGACUUCGUGCAGCAAGGAGAUACUUGCAUAGAAAUAGCAAUCCAGAGGCAGAAGGAACAAUUGUCUGUGGAGCUUAACAAGAUCGAUGCAAAGAUAAUGAAGAAUGUUAACAACAUGCAGCAGUUGGAGCUUAAACUUGGUCCUACCUCUGCCUUGGAUUAUCGCUCGAUUGUUCUACCUCUUGUGAAGUCUUUCCUUCGGCUGCACCUAGAGGAGCUUGUAGAUAAAGAUGCUGCAGAGAAGUCUGAGGCUGCAAGGGAAGCCUUUUUGGCUGAACUUGCACUUGCUGAGAAGAAGAAUAUCAGUAAAGGAGGUGACUCAAAACAAUCACAUGAGAAAUUAAAGGAUAGGAAGAAGAGCAAAGAUAAUAGAAAAACAAAAGACAUAAAGGUUGUGGGUUCUAGUGAGCAAAUUGCUUUUCAUCAGAAACCUUUAGAGCAGUCGUAAGCCUUUUCCUGUUUAACCACUUUUGUUGCUGUUGUUGUUAUUCACUG